CUCUCUCUAACUUCUCUCUCUCCACUAUUAUUCCCACCACUUGUUUAUAUUAAAAAGAAAAAACUUUCCCUCCAUUCCAAAAGCCAUCCCCAUUCCAUAUCACCCCCGCCCCUAUAUAAAUCCCCCCCUUCCAUUCCCAAAAAAUCCAUCCAUCAAAAAUCAUCUUCACCAUCUUCAUUUCUUCUUUCUUCCCCUUCUUCUAAGCAGUUACUCAAAGACAUGGCUCUCUCCAUAUACAUGAUCAUCCUCUGCUUUGCUCUGUCACUACCGCCAUUAACGAGCGGCAGAAGCGACGCGGAAGUUAGGGAGAUGUACGUAAAGUGGAUGGCGACGCACGGGAGAGCCCACAACGGGCUGGGAGAGGAGGAGACAAGGUUCGAGAUCUUUAAGGAUAAUCUGAGGUUCGUGGACGAGCACAACGCCGUACAGAAAAGGACGUACAAGGUUGGGAUGAACAGGUUCGCCGACAUGACCAAUGAGGAGUACCGGAGGGAGAUGCUGGGGACCAGAUCCGACGCCAAGCGGAUAGUCAUGAAGGCCAAGAGCCCUAGCCGGAGGUACGCCUCACGCGCCGCCGACCAGUUGCCGGAAACCGUCGAUUGGAAGCUCAACGGCGCUGUUAAUCCCGUCAAGGAUCAAGGAAGUUGCGGAAGUUGCUGGGCAUUCUCAACCAUAGCAGCAGUGGAAGGCAUAAACAAGAUAGUGACGGGAGAGCUAGUGUCUCUCUCAGAACAAGAGCUCGUCGACUGUGACAGAGCCUACAAUGCUGGUUGUGACGGAGGCCUUAUGGACUAUGCCUUCGAGUUCAUUGUCAAGAAUGGCGGCAUCGCCCCCGAAUCUGACUACCCUUAUUCUGGCCUAAACGGCCAAUGUGACUUCUCUUUGGCGAACAAGAAGGCUGUAACCAUUGAUGGGUACGAGGAUGUUCCCGCUUAUGAUGAGAAGGCACUGAAAAAGGCUGUGGCUCAUCAGCCUGUCAGUGUUGCCAUUGAAGCUGGUGGUAGAGCUCUUCAGCUCUAUGAAUCUGGCGUGUUCACCGGUCGCUGUGGAGUGGCCCUUGACCACGGCGUGGUGGUGGUCGGAUACGGCACGGAGAAUGGUGUGGAUUACUGGCUCGUUAGGAACUCGUGGGGCCCCAAGUGGGGUGAGGAGGGAUACAUCAAAAUACAGAGAAAUGUGGUUGACACACGCACUGGAAAAUGCGGAAUUGCAAUGGAGGCUUCUUACCCCGUUAAGAAUGGCGAAAAAUUGAAUAAGCCUUACUGGGCUUAUGAAGUUGCUGCUGAGAUGGUAGCCGUUGCUUGAAUAAUAUUGUGUCUUCGGAUAAUGGCGCUUCUGUCUGAGUUUACCAAAAGGAUGGAGGAGCUAUUGUUGCUUAUUUGGAUGAUAAUUGUUGUAUAUAGAAUUGGAAAUUGUAGAGCUGCAA